ACGGCUGUUUGGAGACUAGUUGAAAUUACUGUACAAUCGAGGGGGAGGGGAGGAAAGGAAGACUUGUUGUCGGGAAAAUGUAUUAGUUCCUGCUCUAAUUUCCUUUACAAUACAGUAUUCACUACUUCCAUGAUAAAGGGUGCUGAAAUGUUCUAGGCCACUUCGUUUGCAAGCAGGGGCAACAAAAAAGGAAGAUGUGGCUGGGCAUUUUUAGUAGACAAAUAUUUCUCGUGUGUGUGGACUCUUCCGUAGGAGUGAGCUUCGUGGUAUUUCUCCUCCAGAGCAUCGAAGUACUUAAACAUAGCCUUGAAUGGAGAUGGCCGUUCUUCUUUGCCGAAUUGUGCCCCUCCUUCCUCCACCCUGCCAAAACAAGGCGGUGUCCCCGCCUUCAUUCACUGCGUCGCCAACGUGCUCAAAUUCCUGAGGUUUUUCAGAAGAACCCGGGGUGGUAUACCGGCGCCGGAACCAUGCUCUCACGACUCAAGCCAGCCGUCGGGACCGGCCCUCAGCCGGUGGACAAACGCAAAAAGAAAGGCAAGCGGAUCCCUCAGCUGGAGGAGCUGCUGACCCAGCGAGACUUUACCGGAGCCAUCGCCCUUCUGGAGUUUAAGCGUCAUAUUGGGGAACAAGAUGAAGAUAUGGACCUCUGGAUUGGAUAUUGUGCCUUCCACUUGGGUGACUACAAGAGAGCACUGGAGGAAUAUGAGGCUUUGACUACACAAUCUGGCUGCAACCCUGAUGUUUGGGUAAAUCUAGCAUGUGCUUACUUCUUCUUAGGGGUAUAUGCACAAGCUGAACAGGCUGCCUUGAAAGCUCCCAAAAGUAGACUUCAGAAUCGUCUGCUGUUUCAUCUUGCGCACAAGUUUGGUGAUGAGAAGAAACUGAUGAGUUUCCACCAGAAUCUGCAGGACAUAACAGAAGAUCAGCUUAGCCUAGCCUCUAUCCACUAUAUGCGAUCUCACUACCAAGAAGCUAUUGAUAUAUACAAACGAAUACUUCUUGAUAACAGGGAAUAUUUGGCCUUGAAUGUGUAUGUGGCCUUGUGUUACUACAAGCUGGAUUACUAUGAUGUGUCACAAGAGGUGCUAGCUGUUUAUCUUCAGCAAGUUCCUGAUAGCACUAUUGCUCUCAACUUAAAGGCUUGUAAUCAUUUCCGACUCUACAAUGGGAAGGCUGCUGAGGCAGAGCUGAAGAGUCUGAUGGACAGUGCCUCAACAUCAUUUGAGUUUGCUAAGGAGCUAAUUAAGCAUAACUUGGUUGUAUUCCGUGGAGGAGAAGGUUCUUUACAAGUACUGCCUCCACUAGUUGAUGUCAUUCCUGAAGCUAGACUGAAUUUAGUCAUCUACUAUCUCCGACAAGAUGAUGUGCAGGAAGCUUACAACCUGAUUAAAGACCUGGAACCGACAACCCCACAGGAAUAUAUCCUCAAAGGAGUAGUGAAUGCAGUCCUUGGGCAGGAAAUGGGUUCAAGAGACCAUCUGAAAAUUGCUCAGCAGUUCUUCCAGUUGGUGGGAGGAUCAGCCAGUGAAUGCGAUACAAUCCCUGGGAGACAGUGUAUGGCAUCCUGCUUCUUUCUGCUCAAACAGUUUGACGAUGUUCUAAUUUACCUCAACUCCGUGAAGAGUUACUUCUACAAUGAUGACACUUUUAAUUUUAACUAUGCCCAAGCCAAAGCUGCUACUGGCAAUACCAGUGAGGCUGAGGAGGUGUUCCUCUUGAUUCAAAGUGAGAAAAUAAAGAAUGAUUUUGUUUACCUCAGUUGGUUAGCUCGCUGCUACAUUAUGAAUAAGAAACCACGAUUAGCCUGGGAGCUGUACCUGAAGAUGGAAACCUCAGGAGAGUCCUUUAGCCUUUUGCAGCUAAUUGCAAAUGACUGCUACAAAGUCAUCAGGAGAGUUUCUGCUUCUUGACUCACUGCCUUUUGGAGGUGUGGCUGCUGAAUAUGUUGGACUGUCUUCUGUGUAGUGAUGCCCAGGCUGUGGGACCCAGAUGAUCUACUUGGCUCCCCCUCUGAUGCAAAGCAAAAACUGACUGGGUCCUGAAUGUUUAUUCUCCUGCUAUUUAUAUUUCGUUUUAUCGAUUGUAUUUUCUUUGUGUUUUGUGGUGGUUCCUGUAUCCACUGCCACCAUUUAUCUUCAGUAGUCCUUUCCUAUAAGAUCUAUUGCCCUUGUUAGCAGAGGAAUGCUUUAGGCAUGGGGUGUUUGUGUUACUCCAACAGAGAGCUUCCAAAUGUUUUUAAAAUAGAGUAUUUAUUGUUUCAUAAACAUAAAUAUUGAUUCAUCAACAAAAUAAUCUAUGGUCCUUUCCAAGAGAAAUACAGUUCAAAGCACAACCAGUUAUACUUGUCUUUCUGUCCUUCCAUCUGUCCCUUUUUGCCAGCCUCUUCCUUGGCAGUUAAUCUCAAACUGACUUAAGAACACACUCUCACACAUAUAUGGAACUCCUGGCAACCGUUGUCAUGCUUUAACUCACUAACCCCAUAGACUAAACAAUAUAUAAAAAGAGAAAUGAUUCUUAAGCAGUCAGUUCUUCAUGGUGUUCUUCAAAAACUGCAUGGUAUUUUAGCUUAUUGAUGUUAGCUGCUUUGGACAUCCCAGUGAUGGGAUGAAAAGACAGGAUAAAAAUAUAUAUUUUAAAAUUAAUGGUAUUUUCAAGAAAGCUUUGCUGUAUUAUAAUCAAUAAUAAUACUAAUGUGUAACAAUAUUGAUGAGUAACAACCUAGAGGAAUGUUUAGAACUGUGUACAUGGAACUGACAAAGGCAUUUUGUUCUUUUCUACAUGAUUUAAGCCUUGAUUUAAAGUGGCAUUUUAAAGUAGACCCAUUAUUGUAGAUAAGCAAGACAUCAGAAAACUUCCAUUAGCCAGCUGCGCCCCCCCCCCCCCCGCGGUGACUUUUUCUUUUUAUGAGUGACUUGUGUAUUCUUUUAUUAUG